UUUUUCCCUCUUUUAUCUCUACAGAGACUGUGGGAGUGGAGUACUGAGCUUUGAUUUUCGCCCCACUCACGCCGACAUCAUCAUUCAUCGCCUCCAUUAUAGCCCAUACACUCGCAUUCUCUCAUCCCUAAAUUCUAGAGUUUCGGUUUCUUGAUCUCAGAUUGUGUUUCUCAGCUGUUGGCUUUUUCAAUGGCUGAAACCCUAAAGUUUGGUACUGGAGUGGAAGUUGGAAAUAAUGGUGUGGUUGAUUCGGGCGUGAAAAUGGGGAACCCGAAGGGUAGGAGUGAAGCUGGUUCGGAGGAGUGGAAGAAGGAGGGUGGGGGCAGGGGGGAGAUCGACACGUCAGCGCCGUUCGAGUCUGUGAAGGAAGCAGCGAGUCGAUUUGGUGGAAUCGGGUUCUGGAAACCCAGUCAUUGCAAGCUCUCUGAAGCUGAGCAGCGUGGAAUUGAAGAGGUUGACAUUGCUCAAGUAGAACAACAUGCAGCACAGUUGGAGAAAGAUCUUAUUUUGAAAGAAAGGGAAACACUUGAUGUCUUAAAAGAACUGGAAGCCACUAAAAUGAUUGUAGAAGAACUAAAAUUAAAGCUACAAAAAGAAUCAUCUGAAGUCACUGCAAUUCUUGAGACAAAUUCAGAUGAUAGGAUUGUGACCCCCAUUGUGCAAGAGGCAGAAAUGAAACGACAUGAGAAUCCUGAAGCAGAUCAACAGCAUUUGGCCGGAGGUUUGAUGCUGUGUCCAUCUUCAGCCCCAGGUUUAAUCUUAAUGGAGCUAAAACAGGCUAAGUUGAACCUCACCAGAACAACAAAUGAUCUUGCUGAUAUUCGAGCUUCUGUUGAAUCAUUUAACAAGAAAAUAGAGAAAGAAAGAAUCUCACUUGAAAAGACCCGAGAGCGGCUAACUUUGAAUUCCUCAAAAAUUUCAUCUCUUGAGGCGGAGCUAAAUCAAACAAGAUUAAAGGUACAACUGGCAAAAGAUGCUGAAAUCAAAGGCAGUUUUGACAACCCUAUGGAUAUUGCAAGGGAGCUCCAAAAAUUGACUUCUGAAGCAGAAGAUUUCAAGAAAAUGGGGGAAGCAGCAAAAUCAGAAGUUUUGAAAGCAAUCUCUGAGAUUGAACAGACAAAAGCUAGAAUAAAAACAGCUGAGAUCAGGCUAGUUGCUGCCAAAAAAAUGAAGGAAGCCGCUAGAGCUGCAGAAGUCAUUGCUCUUGCAGAGAUCAAGGCUCUAUCAAACAGUGAGAACUCACAUGGAGUUCUCCUGCAAAAGCCUGAUGGAGUAACUCUUUCAUUUGAAGAGUACUCUGCCUUAACCUGCAGAGCUCGAGAGGCUGAGGAACUCUCUAAAGGGAAGGUAAUUGAGGCCAUGCUUCAAGUUGAUGAAGCAAAUAUUUCAAAAGUGGAAAUCUUGAGGAGAGUAGAGGAAGCUACUGAAGAAAUCAAGACCAGUAAGAAGGCAUUGGAAGAAGCUCUGAACAGAGUAGAGGCUGCAAAUAGAGGGAAGCUGGCUGUUGAAGAGGCUCUUCGGAAAUGGAGAUCUGAACAUGGUCAGAGAAGGCGUUCUGUACAAAACUCGACUAAGUUCAAGAAUUCCUACCCAUCCCACCAUCGGAGAGAUUCCCGCAUGCUUGAUGUGAAUGGACUGAAUCUGGUUAGUGAUGGCCCAAGCCCUGUUCUAAAGCCUACCCUAUCAAUAGGCCAAAUACUGAGCAGGAAGCUUCUUAUGCCAGAUGAAUUUGAGCCAGGAAUCCACAAAGACAAAAGCACUGUGAAGCAGAAAAUGUCACUGGGUCAAAUGCUUAACAAACAAGGUGUUGACCUACCCUCCCAUUGGAAGGCUGAGAGAGAGAGCGUUCCCAAGCAGUUUCCUGCAAAGAGAAAGAAGUUUGGGUUUGGUCGGUUCUCUCUCCUUCUGACAAAACAAAGUAAGAAAAAGAAGAAGUCAACCACAAAUUCCAAAUGGCAUGGCAGCUACAUGAAUUAAUCUAAGACUAGGGACUAACUUUCUUCUCCUUCCUCCUACUCCCAUCCCUCUUUGGUUCUUCCUGGUUUGCAAUUACGUUAUCAAAUGGAAUCUCACCUGGAACUGGCUGUUGCCCAGACGCUUGAUAGUUGUAUUUUUGUAAUUUGUAUUGCCCUAGCUUUCACCCAUUUCAACUUGUAACGGUGCCCUAGCUUUCAUCCUGUUGAAACUGGUAUCGUAUGAAGUAGCACCUACUAUAUGGUAUUGACACGGUUGUACAAAAGGAAGAAAAGGGGGAAGGUGAUGAUUUAUUGCUUGAACAAAGAAGUUUGAUGUAUUAUCCUUCUGAAUGUCAAUUUGAUUCCUGUUUCAUGCAU